CGCUCACGGCGCAUGGAGGAGGCGCGGAGGCCGCGGCUGAGGCUGAGCCGUCGGAGGCCAUGUUCGGGGGGCGGGCCCCCCAUCGCCCGCCCCGGGCCCCUCGAGGGGGUCGGUGGCGAGUGUGCGCGGCUGUGGGCGGAGCUCCUGCGCGCGGCCAGCGAGGAUCUGGACAUGGACGGCGAGCCGCCGCCGCUGCCCGCUUUCCCUGGCCAGGUGCCCGGGCGCGGCCCCGAGCGCGCCACGUCCCCCGAGGUCUUCACCGUCGGACCUGAGACCUUUUCCUGGACGCCCUUCCCGCCGGCCCCCGGGCGAGGCCGGGGCCGCUCUUACCGGGUGCUCCGCCGGGCCGGGGGGCGCCUGGGCUCCCCUGCCCGGUCCCCGCAAGGACGCCCCGCGCCCGAGCCCCGCGGGACCCCCAGCGCCGAGGAGCAGCCGUCGGUGGAGGGCGCGCUGACCCUGCGAAGCUGCCCCAUGUGCCAGGCGGAUUUCGGCCCUGGGCUGGCCCAGCUGGACGUCGACAGCCACCUUGCUCAGUGCUUAGCGGAAAGCACAGAAGACGUGGUGUGGUGAGCUGCCCGUCUGUGCAGUGUGGCGUCCUUGUCUUCCCCUCGAACCCGGCCCGCGCAGGAGCCCCGCUCUUGCUGCACCUGCUGGAACCACUUCCUCUCUACUC